AUGCUAGACAAACUCCCAAAUGAACUCUUACUCUGGAUCUGCAAGAUCCUUGGUAAAACCGACAUCGUUUGCUUGAUGGCUUGCUGCCGGAGAAUGGCAGCAAUCUGCACAGAAGCUCUAUUUGAUUGCCUUCACUACGAUGAAAUGCCACCCCUUCAUCGAGCCAUACUCGCAAGACGACUAGACGUUGCGCGCCUUUUGUUGACUCAUUACCACGCAAGCCCCAACUCCGAGUACCGUGGGACGAGCACGCUUCUGCUUGCCAUUGAGAUGAGCUAUCCACAAGCAGUUAAUCUCAUGUUGGAACAUCACCCACGGCUGUCUAUUUGCGACUUUCAAGGUCGAGGGCCGUUGUCAAUCGCUGUCGCAAAGGGCACUUUUGCCAUCGUUGAAACCCUGUUGCAGUACCCAGCGCUGGAUGUCAAUGGCCGAUGCACCGAUGGCAUGUCCGCUUUGAUGUACGCAGUGGAAUACUCGGAGCAUGCCAUUCUAAGCCAUCUUCUGACCGAUCCCCGCGUGAAUGUCAGCAUCGAAGAUCGCCUUGGGCAGAAUGCGCUACAUUCCGCAGUUCGAAAAGAAGACCAUAUCUCAGUGCAGAUCCUAGCCCGAGACCCUCGCUUGGAUGUCAAUUGGUGCGGCACCCACCGAAAUACGGCACUACUUCUCGCGGUCAAGACCCUCAAAGGGAGGUCGCCCCGACGGGGGCGCACGGCGCUGUGGCACGCGGUGGACCAGCAGAAUGAGGAGCUAGUGCAGCUGCUCUUGGACCAGGAUGGCCUCCGUUUGAAUGAUGCGGACGGCGGGGCUGUUACCCCUCUUGCGCGAGCAGCGGAGCAUCAAAGCCCUCGUUUACUGCAGAUGCUUCUGAGACAGCCGAAGAUAUGUAUCAAUGCCAUGCCUGGUCCGGCUGUUCCACCGUUAUGGGCAGCGUGUCGGGCGGGUUCGCUCGCCACGGCUCAGAGGUUGCUGACCCAGAAAGCUAUUCAGAUCAACGAGAAAGCCCCGUCUGGAACGUCACCCCUGCAUGUGGCCGUGAUCAAUCAACACUUGGGUAUUGUGUCUCUUCUUCUCUCGCAAGGUGAAAUCGCACUGAAUGAGGUUGGGCCCUCGGGCUUCACGGCCCUCAUGUUUGCUGUUGCAAGCGGGUAUACUGCAUGUGUUGAACGGCUGUUGCGCCAUCCACAGAUUGAUCUCCAGGUUCGAGAUCCUUACGGAUACUGCGCUUUCAGCUUGGCGAUACUCAAUAGACAUGCUCGGGCAAUGGAUCUUUUAUGCAGUGCAUUUGUGCGGCAAAACGCACGAAAUUUAGGUUGGCCAUCGGUCUAG